AUGCCGGAAGGUAUUAAGUCCCGAUCACCCUUAAUUAAAUCUCUCUCGUCGAAAGACCUUCGUCGCAGGAGUGGCCACAGGCUAGGAUAUUUGAGUGGGGAACCCAUGCCCCAUGAAGGAAAUGUCAGCGAACCUGCCAGCGAAGCUGAAGAGCACUUGCUCCAAGAUUUGGACAACAUUCUGUACAAAAAGCUUCAUUUAGGAGACUCUAGCCCCAAGAGCAGCAGUUUGCGUGGUUCUCCAAUCUCACUCUCCCCUCCCAGAUCACCGAGUGAUUUAAAUGAUAAAGCUACCGAGGCUAAUGCCUUGAAUCCAGACGCACAGCAAGAAGAAGAAGAAGAGGAGGAGGAGGAAGAGGAGGAUGAGUUCAAGAAUGUAGAUGAGAUAGACGGGCCCAUUUCGCCCUCCAGCAGUGUCGGCAGCCUCAAGGAACUAGCUAGAAGUCACUUGCAUAAGAACCAUGACCAAAGAAUAAGCCCUGACGUCGAUUACAACCUCCCAGUAGAUGAGGACUAUCAGAACCAGCUAAAAAAACGUGCUAGUGAGAUCGAGAACGAUCUUCAUUUUCACCACCCCUCUAAAACUGCAUUGCAAUGGUCAAUGCAAGACUUCUAUGGUUUACAAGAAGAACUUCCAGACUGGUUCAGUUUUGCAGACUAUUCUGUGCUUCCCGAAAUCAAAACGAGCUUCGAAAAUUCGUUCGAUGCUGAUAAAUUUUUGAGUGACACCAAGUAUGCUCAAUCAACUGUGAGGGAUCUUGCUAGCGAGUCCGCGAUCCAGUCAGUCGAAAUGGCACGCUUUCACUCUUUGGCUUAUAUUUGCCUGGGAUUGUUUGGUGCUCAGGAAAGUCGCGAAAACCACAUUAAAGAAAUAAGACGCUCGAAUCUCAUACUGCUACCAUACAUGUCUAACCUAGCAAAAGCUUUCAUGCACCACGCUACUAUGUGUCGAGAUAGUUCGUCACAUUUAAAGCAAUAUACAAAACUCCAUCUUCUUUCAGGGACAGUUGUUUUCUCUUUGAUCAACGUAAUCCUUGAAAGCCAAGAGGGCUCUAUUACCGAAGCACAAAAAAACUCAACAAUAAUCAUAAUUGAAGAAACUAAUCUACUAGAAUAUAUUACGAAAUACAUCGAGCAUUGGCGCUGGAGUAGUCGGCUUAGUAUGAGGAUACGGAAUGCAAUAAUCCUUCUACAACGCCUACUACUAUUGCAGUUCGGUGACAUGGAGUUUUAUGCUAAAGUCAAAAGAUAUGUCUGCAAAAAACACAACAUCAAUGCGAAGUCUGACCGACCAGACAAGCUUACCAUUAGUCCACUAGAUUAUCAUGCAUUUAGAGAGGAUGUAUCUGCUCGAUUCCCUACAUUUUUACCUCCGACAUCAAAUGUUCCUGCUUGUUUCGACAACUCAAAUUCUCUUUCUCAGUUUCUGGAAAUUCCGAGACCUAAAUCCAAAAGCACACUGAUGACCAACGUGAGCGCGCCAGAAUUCCACAUUGCAACGCCCGCACCGUCUCCAUCAUCUUCACCCAUCUCACAAGCCAACACGGGUUCAAAGACUCGCAAAUCUUUUCAAACCAAUCUGGCCUAUCCUGCGCUGUAUCCGUCGGAUGAUGAGCUUGAGAUUAAAAGUUAUCUUUCAGAAAGACUUCCCUCACUUGAAAAGGUUGCAAACGACGAGAACGUACCCUUUAGUGUGCUAGAAGCCACUAAAAUAAUUCACAAUAGCAUGGAAGUGAAGCUUUCAACUAAGCAGCUUUGGCAUGAGCGCGAGGUUUUCAUGGCUGAAGAACGUGGCUGGGGCCCUUCUAGUGGAAUGUCGCGUUCAACACCCUAUCAUUACGAUCCAGAAAGCAGCGCAAUUGAAGCUCAAACUAUGGCACGCGUAGAGAGGUUUUAUGAGCAAUGCUUGCCUAGCUUCAGCUCUAUUGUAUAUGUACUCCAUCAAACGAUUUCUUCCAACGUCCAUAACCGCAUCUACACUCAGGAAGAAUUGCCAUCGGGCGUCACUGAGGAAAAGCUCUCGUCUCAGUUGGAAAUUGUACGUUCAAAAGAAGUUGCUUUGAAAUCAGCAGCUAGUGUCAUAUUUCUCAUCAACAAAUGGUUCAAGCUGAAUCACAUUCUUAAAUUCGAACAUUUUUGCGUCAUUCUUUAUGAUCAUAGGCUCAUCAGCACAGCUACUGCCUUAUUGAAUAGUUGUUCGGACAAAUAUUCCGAUCGCGUAUUUGGAAGAACUCUGCAAUCGAAAAACUCAUUGUGGAAAGCCUGCUCUGCCUUUAAUCCGUCUUAUAGCAAAAGUUUUGAGGACCAACAAGCCAAGAAGGCUGAAGCUACUAUCAAUCUGCGAUUCUUAAACACCGAGGUAUACGUUCUCAGGCUCCUCAGCCAGGUCACUGGGAGCAAGACUCAACGGCUGAAAGAACUGCCACUUUCCAUCGGCUCAUUACUAAAAAAGUUAUAUCAGAUAUUCAGCUUGGAUAUUUACCGCCCGAUCCUAAAAAUUACACAGGAGCUGACGCCGUUCAAAAAUAAGAAGUGGAAGGCUGAACACAUGGAUCUUAUUUCGGGUGUUUAUCUCUACCGUAGGUUGAAACUGAACGAUAAUUGGGUUACGGGUAAGGACAUAGCUGGCGAGCUAAACGAUGCAUGUGGCCAGGAAAUUGCUUUAAGAGCCCUCCUUCAGUUCUACAACUUUGCUCAUUAUAAAUCAUCAGUCGAGUUCCUGGGAUACCACGAAAAAAGUGAUACAUCGUUCUUCAACAAAGAGGCAGAAAUGUUGACAGCUUCAAACUAA